UCUCGGAACAUCCCCGGUGGUCUUAGCACACAGCUUCACGCAGGUGACAUACAAAUCAGGAGCGUAGUCGCUCGAAUGCACCCAAUUCACCCUUCAAUGAUUGGCUGCAGCGUACUUGUUUGCUCAUCACAGGGAGUCCUGACAUCCUCACCAUGAUCCUCGGUUCCGAUGGCUUGUCCACGAUCUUCCCAAGCGCCAACCGCAGCGGGCCGGCGGACAGGGCCGUCACCGGGUAUAUAUACGAUGGUUCCGAGUGCAAGCCUUAUGUACCAAAGCGGUUGGUUGAUGUGAUGGCCAGACUUGAGCUCCAAACGAGCAGUCGCAAGAGAUACGGGGCAAUCUGGGCGACGUGGUUAUUCCUUUACUGGUUGAUACGAGGGCCGGAGGGGCUGAAUUACGACCAACCGACCGUAUCCCUUGCUAUGGACGCUUGAUCUUCCGCUAAUGGCAAAAAGCCGUUCGUACUUGUGACGAUGUCUUGCAUGUCAUGGCCUCAGAUCGCUCAAAGAACCAACGACAUGCACCGAUCUCCACUGGACACUCGAAUCUGAGAACGUAGCUUGACAUUUCGGGAAGCUGAUUCAACCCCCACGUACCAAACAAAUGUUUGUCUUGUACAGCUGCAGGUGUUGACCACUGUUUUGUAAGACGCGAUGUGCUUCGCUUGCAGUGAAUCAUACUAUGCCGCCUGGGCUGUCUUCUUGCAACGUACUAUCAAU